AUGGGGAACUUGGCUUGGUUUGAGAAAUAUGCUAAAAUCUACGCAGAAUUCGGCAACUUAGGGCCUUCCGAUCAUUGCCCCUGUAUUCUACGAUGGCCAACUACGCAACGUAAGUUGAAGAAGCCAUUCAAGUUUUUUCACCACCUUAUUGACCACCCAGACUUCCAGGAGACAGUGAGAGAAAGUUGGAUGAGCCAAGUAGAACCUGGGACUCAACAAUUCCGAUUAUGUCAGAAACUUAAGAAGUUGAAAAAGCCACUACAGAAACUGAAUAGGAAGGAUUUCAGCAAUAUUAGCAUAAGGGUCAAACAGUUGGAGAGACAGCUGGAAAACUUGCAAAUGGAUAUUCUCACUUGCCCGAACCGAGCUCUAUUGAUUGUCGAGCAUGAUACCAGGCAGGAAUGGCUAAGAAUGGUAGCAGCAGAGGAGACAGGCUAUAAUCGAGAAAAAGACACAAAAGGGGCGGCUAUCAAAGUGGAUAUUCGUAAAGCCUUUGACACGUUAGAAUGGUCAUUCAUAUUGAGAGUGCUAGAAGCCAUCAAACUACCAAGGGUCUACAUCGGCUGGAUAAGGGCAUGUAUCACCACCCCGAAAUUCUCUAUUUCUGUCAACGGAGAGUUAGCGGGAUACUUCCACGGAGGUCAGGGAUCCAUUAUCCCCUUACCUUUUCAUCCUCUCAAUGGAGAAAUUGACUCCUUCGCGACAAUCAAAGGAAUCCUACAACACUUUGGGAACAUGUCCGGGUUAAUUAUUAACCCUGAAAAAUUAGAAGUCUUCAUUGCUGGGCGGCAAGACAAGUGCCACGAGGAGUUAGCUGACGUUGUUGGCUGCAAGAUAGGGAAACUUCCUAUACGCUACCUGGGAGUUCCGCUUAGCCCUUGGAAGCCAUCAAAGAGAGAUUUUCAACCGCUUAUAGAGCGAAUGAAGUCAAAGCUGGUGGCUUGGACUACUAAGCAUCUAUCUUUUGCAGGAAAGUUACAGCUCAUAAACUCGUUAUCAACAGCUUAUGCUCAAAAUUCCUCAUCAUCGGGGACAGGCCGCAGUCGUGCACGUGUUUCAUGGGACUGUAUAUGCAUUCCCAAAGCAGAAGGGGGUCUGGGAUUGCGCAACCUGAUCGAGGUUAACCUGGUUCAGCGUCUGAAACUUGUUUGGAUCCUAUUCACCAAGCAGAAAUGUCUAUGGGUGAGGUGGAUUAGGAAAAAUGUGCUGAAGAAGAAGGUGCGGGAUGGCCGCAUAGCACGGUUCUAG